UGCCUGGAAGGGUGAAACAGAUGAGGAGUACCUGUGGUGCAUCAAGCAGACUCUCUACUUCAAGGAUGGGCCCCUCAACAUGAUCUUGGAUGAUGGCGGUGACCUUACCAAUCUUAUUCACACUAAGUACCCACAACUUUUGUCUGGCAUCCGAGGCAUUUCUGAGGAGACCACCACUGGGGUGCACAACCUGUACAAGAUGAUGGCCAAAGGGAUCCUGAAGGUGACUGCCAUCAAUGUCAAUGACUCUGUCACUAAGAGCAAGUUUGACAACCUCUAUGGCUGCCGGGAAUCCCUCAUAGAUGGCAUCAAACGGGCCACAGAUGUGAUGAUUGCAGGCAAGGUCGCGGUUGUAGCAGGUUAUGGUGAUGUGGGGAAGGGCUGUGCCCAGGCCCUGUGGGGUUUCGGAGCCCGUGUCAUCAUCACUGAGAUCGACCCCAUCAAUGCGCUGCAGGCUGCAAUGGAAGGCUAUGAGGUCACUACUAUGGAUGAAGCCUGUCAGGAGGGCAACAUCUUUGUCACCACCACAGGCUGUGUGGACAUUAUUCUGGGUCGGCACUUCGAGCAGAUGAAGGAUGAUGCUAUUGUUUGUAACAUUGGACACUUUGAUGUGGAGAUUGACGUGAAGUGGCUCAAUGAGAAUGCUGUGGACAAGGUGAACAUCAAACCCCAGGUGGACCGUUACCGGCUGAAGAAUGGGCAAAUGGGGAGCCGGAUUUCCCAGGACAGCGGGCACUAA